CAAAUAUUAAAAGAGCGGGUUUGUUGUCAGGAAGUGGGCCAAAAAGUUAAUAAUGGACUAAACCCCGACGUGAACUAACGGCAGGACGCGUUGGAUCUCAAACAAAAAAACAAGAUUUGUGAGCGAAAACGUAAAUUUCCCGAGCGUCUGUAGAUGUUUUUUUACUGAGCGGCAAAGCUGUCAAAAUAAGCUGGUCAUGAACGAGAAUUUUAACAGAGCUCCCGGAGCAGGGAGAAGCCGAAAUCCUCCAGGAGACCCCGCACUCCCGAGUGCGGUUUGGGACAGCAACAGUCACAUCGGGUUUUUUAACCCAAGCGAACCUUUGAGACAACCCCGAACGUGCCCAGCUGCUGGCGACUACAACGUUAGCACGGCCACAGAAAAUGGCGCUGCUGCAGUUGCUGGUGCUGCGAGCGGAGAGAGUAAAAGAGACAGCGUAGGCCAGCACAGUGUAAAUGCCAACAGUCCUUCUGUGUCCAGCGGGUUUAAUAAUUUGGAUUCCUUGGUUGAGUCGUCCAAGCUCUCUGCCAGCGCUCCAGAGUUUGUCCCGACUGCUGUGUUCCAAAAUGAUGGCCAAAACUUUUAUGAAGACGACGAUGACACCUUCAGCACCAGAUUCUUGACAGAUGUGGUCCGAGACUUCCUUUGCCACCUGAGCACCUCACCUGGAAUGUUUGAGUCUGAUGUCGAACACUUAACAAGUGUGCUAAAUUCACAUGUUACUACAAAGGAGUUGUUGGCAGAACUGGUGGAUCUGAUCUACACAGAGUCCACCGCCAUUCCCAACUUCGCUUACACAGGCGCACGCCUUUGUAACUAUCUGUCCCAUCAUCUCAACCUCAGCCCACCCAGUGGUAACUUUCGUCAACUGCUCCUGAAAAAGUGUCAAACCGAGUUUGAGCAGAGAGAUGUCGCCUCGCAAGGAGACCCGAGCACACAGAAGAAGUUCCAUGCUUUUGUGCUCUUUCUUGGAGAGCUCUACCUUCAUCUGGAGAUAAAGAGUGCCAAAGGAGCUUUAAGUCGAGCUCAUAUCCUUCUGCACGCGUUGAAAGACCUGUUGAACACUCUGCUCUCCAGUCCGGUGGAUGCAAACAUCAUCUGUGCAGUCAAACUGCUCAAGCUCACGGGUUCCGCCUUGGAUGAUGCUUGGAAAGAGAGAGGAAACCCAUUCAUGGAAGAGCUGAUCCAGAGGAUAGAAACGAUUGUACUGGAUGCCACAUGCAGUAGGGAUGUCCGACAGAUGCUUCUAAAGCUAGUAGAGCUGAGGUCUAGUGACUGGGGAAGAGUGUGCGCUGCAGCGGCCAGCAAUGCUACACCCGACAACGACCCCAACUACUACAUGAAUGAGCCCACUUUCUACACGGAGGACGGAACUCCUUUUACAGCAGCAGACCCAGAAUAUGCUGAGAAAUACCAAGAGCUCAUGGAAAGGCAAGACUAUUUCCAUGAGUUUGGUGGGGAGAAUGAAAUUGAAAAUGAUGAAUACGACUUUGAUGACGAGAUGGAUCCCGAAAUCGAAGAAGCCUUUGAAGAUUUCUGUUUAGAGUCUGAGAGGAAACGACAGCAAUGACAUCAGAGGCCACGUCAAGUACCUUGUAUGAAGUUGUGAAGCAAAACAAACUACUGUCUCAUAACCUCCAAAUAUUGACUGUAAACAAGCAAUUUAACAAAGCUGUUUAUAGGUGCACUUCUUACACUUUGUUUUCGGUCAGAGCAAAUUUAAAAAAAAAAAAAAAAAAAAAGCAGACAAUCUACAUGAUGAAUUUAAAUAACAAAAAAGUCGAGGUAUUAGUAGUUCCCUUGUUCCUGGAUACUCCUAUUGUUUGUUUCGUUUUGCCAGAAGUCUUUUAGCCAUCUGGAAAAUAGUUUGAGCCCAUAAUCACCACCAAGAGGGACGUGGAGUGCUGUGGCGUUUGUUUUUUCUCAAGUGUUCCCAAUUUCUUCAAAGUGCACAUGUCUUGGUGAGCUUUAGAAAUCUGUAAGUAUAUAUAUAUAUAUAUAUAUAUAUAUAUAU